AUUCAUAAAAAGCGCAGUACUUAAAAUACAUUAGAUCUUUUUUAGGGCGUUGGUGCUUUAGCCAAUUAGAGAAAACUGUGUAAUAGCGCUGAUCAGUGCGAUUCGCUGGAGUUCCAUACGCUUUCUUGGGGAAAAUUAUCAGGGUUUUCUUGAGUAGGCGUGCGAAAUGGUCGACAUCUAAUCAACAGAUCUCAGAUCUCCAGAAAAUAGGAUAUCUGAUCAAAAAGUAUUUACGGCGAGUGAAAUUCGCGAACGUAUAUUUCUGGCAAAGUCAAUCCUGAGGCAGGAGGUAUUCCGAACACAUAAUGAAAGCGGAAAUAGUCAGCGGACAUUCGAUACAGUAUGUGUUUUCAUACACCACGUGCUUAGCUUUUAAGCGCAUUGAGCUGAUCAACCAAACGUUCUUGUCCUUAAUUAUUGAACACGGUGGUCUUCAUUUUGGAGAAGUUUUAGUGUUUCUUAUAUCUUUUCGAUCACUCUGAGCUUUUGAGUAUUCAGCAGCCUUCGCACACCAUUUGACGAAGGAAAACCUGAAAUCAAAUAAGCACGAGUCUGUUGUUUGCGGUCCCACUCUUAUACCGGCAUAAUGACAAGUCUGUGGAUGGGAGAUCUUGAUAGUUACAUGGAUGAAGCCUUCAUCACAAGUGCUUUUGCGGCGAUGGGAGAAGCUGUUGUGUCCGUGAAGAUGAUAAAGAACAGAACUACAGGUACUCCAGCUGGAUACUGUUUUGUUGACUUUGGUGAUUACACAGUUUCACAGAAAGUUAUGGGAAAACUGAAUGGACUGCCAAUUCCUGGAAGCAAUCCAAUAAAACGCUUUAAGUUAAACUGGGCUACCUAUGGCAAGGACUCAUUCACUCAGGGGCCAGAGUAUUCUAUAUUUGUUGGUGAUUUAUCUCCUGAUGUGACCGACUAUGCUCUUCAGGAGUUCUUUCAGAGAAAAUUUCCCAGUUGUAAAGCUGCCAAAGUUGUGUUGGAUACAGCAGGAAAUUCAAGAGGAUAUGGAUUUGUGAGAUUCUCAGAUGAAAAUGAACACAGAAAGGCCAUGAUAGAGAUGCAGGGAGCUGUGGGGUGUGGUUCAAAACCUCUCCGUGUCAGUGCUGCAACACCCAAAAGGCCUCAAAAUACUCCAGGAAACACAACAACAACACAUGGAGCUGCUAGUGCAUCCAAUCAGCAAUACAUGCAGCAGUAUCAGCAAUACCAACAAUAUCUGGCAGCAUGGCAGGGAUACCAGCAUCAACAUCAGCAACAACUCCAGCAACAGCAGUAUUACCAACACUAUCAGCAUUAUCAGCCAUAUGGACAGACUGCCUACCAACAACCAAUGAGUUAUGAAGAAACCAUAACAGUUGAUAACACCGCAGAAGAUCCCAACCCACCACUAGACAUCACUGCAGAAAACAAAAAUAUAAUGUCAAGGGAUGAAGAGUUAUACUAUGAAUUGGAGCAAUCAAGAUGGCAGCCUGUAGAAACACUUAAUUCAGGACACAAAUCUCUUAUGACAUAGAUUACUGGGAACUUUUAGCGUUAUAGUAUUGGAUUGUUAACAGUUCCUAGUGUUUAAGGUACUUUGACGCUGCAAUUUAAUGUCAAACCCCAGAGAUUUUUCUAGUUCUCAAAUUGUAGACAACACAUUUUAAGCCUAUUAAAUGUUGGAGACUUAUUUCUUGUCGAGACCACUCAAGACGAUUUUAUUGCCAAAGUUUUGUUUGGCACCUCUCUGCAAAGCUACUGCUAUGGUUAUAGUAGAAGUUUUCCUGUUAAGUUCAAACUUGGUUUUCUUUAAACAACAAACAUAUGAAAUACAUAUAUAUGAACUGCG